AUGGCUGCUCAGAAAGAUCUCUAUGACGCCAUUGUGAUCGGGGCAGGCAUCCAGGGCUGCUUCACUGCGUACCACCUGGCCAAACACAGGAAGAGGGUCCUCCUGCUGGAGCAGUUCUUCCUCCCGCACUCCCGAGGAAGUUCCCAUGGGCAGAGCCGGAUAAUCCGAAUGGCGUACCCUGAAGACUUCUACACCCAGAUGAUGGCUGAGUGCUACCAGAUAUGGGCCCAGCUGGAGCAUGAGGCGGGAACCCAAUUAUACAGGCAGACUGGACUACUGCUGCUGGGAAUGAAGGAGAGCGCAGAAUUAAAGAUAAUCCAGGCUACUCUGUCUAGGCAGGGAGUGGAACACCAGUGUCUUCCAUCUGAGGAACUGAAGCAACGUUUCCCCAAUAUUCGGUUGUCCAGGGGAGAAGUGGGGCUCUUGGACAAGUCUGGGGGAGUUCUCUAUGCUGACAAGGCGCUCAGAGCCCUUCAGGAUGCAAUUCGACAGCUAGGAGGCAUAGUGCAUGAUGGAGAGAAGGUGAUGGAGAUAAAACCAGGGCUACUGGUCGUGGUGAAAACCACCUCCAGGAGCUACCAAGCCAAGAGCUUGAUCAUCACAGCAGGUCCUUGGACCAACCGGCUCCUCCGUCCCCUGGGAAUUGAGCUGCCUCUCCAGACCCUGCGGAUCAACGUGUGUUACUGGCGAGAGAAGGUUCCUGGAAGCUAUGGUGUGUCCCAGGCCUUUCCAUGCUUCCUGGGCUUCAGCCUGGCUCCUUACCACAUCUAUGGAUUGCCCUCCGGAGAGUACCCAGGGCUGAUGAAGGUCUGCUAUCACCACGGCAACAAUGCAGAUCCUGAGGAGCGGGACUGCCCUGCAGCUUUCUCAGACAUCCAAGACGUCCACAUCCUGAGCUGCUUUGUCAGAGAUCACUUACCUAACUUAGAGCCUGAGCCUGCUGUUAUGGAGCACUGCAUGUACACGAACACCCCUGAUGAGCACUUCAUUCUUGAUCGACACCCAAAGUACGACAACAUUGUCAUUGGUGCUGGAUUCUCUGGGCAUGGGUUUAAGCUGUCCCCUGUUGUGGGGAAGAUCCUGUAUGAAUUAAGCAUGAAAUUAAUGCCAUCCUAUGACUUGACACCUUUUCGAAUCAGCCGCUUCCCCUGCCUGGGCAAAGCCCACAUUUGA